AUGGAAGGGAUCCACCGAUAUCUAGAGGAGCACAGGUCUAGGAUCAGGCUGGUGUUGGGCCUUGUCUUGGCUGCAGGUAAAAAAAUAAAAUAAAGGCCUCUGACCAGUCUGACAUGUUAUGAGCUGUUUAUAGAGUACAGUUAUUAGUGGAUACUGCAUUUCAUGUUCGAUGGUUAAAUUUCCAGUAAUUACAUGGGGGUGAAUUUCUAUCAUUUAAAUGUGGAGUCUGGAUAUGUUUCCUGCAACAGUCAUCCAUCAAUAAAUGUGACUCAACACAUCUAUGUAUGCUUGUAGUCCAAAAUUCAAUAUACCGUUUUUUACAGUUUAUAAUAGUUCAAAUUCAGAGCUUCAAAAUGGUAUAUCAUACACUGCAAUUUGAGGAUGCUGCUUUGAAAGUUUAUAAAUGUGUAAACCCACUUAGGAGACAAAGCCCCUUCAAAGAAAGAAAACUUUCACCAAUUUGCCAAAAAAGCAUUCUCUGAACAUUAUCUCACCAAGUUUCCCCAUUAGAGGAAUCAUUAACAGUACGAACUUGCCUAUUGUUGUAUAAGAUAGUACUUUAUUAUUCCCCCAAAGGGGAAAUUUGAUUGCACCAGCCAAUACAUACAGUGGGGAAAAAAGGAUUUAGUCAGCCACCAAUUGUGCAAGUUCUCCCACUUAAAAAGAUGAGAGAGGCCUGUAAUUUUCAUCAUAGGUACACGUAAACUAUGACAGACAAAAUGAGGAAAAAAAAUCCAGAAAAUCACAUUGUAAGAUUUUUUAUGAAUUUAUUUGCAAAUUAUGGUGGAAAAUAAGUAUUUGGUCAAUAACAAAAGUUUCUCAAUACUUUGUUAUAUACCCUUUGUUGGCAAUGACACAGGUCAAACGUUUUCUGUAAGUCUUCACAAGGUUUUCACACACUGUUGCUGGUAUUUUGGCCCAUUCCUCCAUGCAGAUCUCCUCUAGAGCAGUGAUGUUUUGGGGCUGUCGCUGGGCAACACGGACUUUCAACUCCCUCCAAAGAUUUUCUAUGGGGUUGAGAUCUGGAGACUGGCUAGGCCACUCCAGGACCUUGAAAUGCUUCUUACGAGCCACUCCUUCGAUGCCCGGGCGGUGUGUUUGGGAUCAUUGUCAUGCUGAAAGACCCAGCCACGUUUCAUCUUCAAUGGCCUUGCUGAUGGAAGGAGGUUUUCACUCAAAAUCUCACGAUACAUGGCCCCAUUCAUUCUUUCCUUUACACGGAUCAGUCAUCCUGGUCCCUUUGCAGAAAAACAGCCCCAAAGCAUGAUGUUUCCACCCCCAUGCUUCACAGUAGGUAUGGUGUUCUUUGGAUGCAACUCAGCAUUCUUUGUCCUCCAAACACGACGAGUUGAGUUUUUACCAAAAAGUUAUAUUUUGGUUUCAUCUGACCAUAUGACAUUCUCCCAAUCCUCUUCUGGAUCAUCCAAAUGCACUCUAGCAAACUUCAGACGGGCCUGGACAUGUACUGGCUUAAGCAGGGGGACACGUCUGGCACUGCAGGAUUUGAGUCCCUGGCGGCAUAGUGUGUUACUGAUGGUAGGCUUUGUUACUUUGGUCCCAGCUCUCUGCAGGUCAUUCACUAGGUCCCCCCGUGUGGUUCUGGGAUUUUUGCUCACCAUUCUUGUGAUCAUUUUGACCCCCCGGGGUGAGAUCUUGCGUGGAGCCCCAGAUCGAGGGAGAUUAUCAGUGGUCUUGUAUGUCUUCCAUUUCCUAAUAAUUGCUCCCACAGUUGAUUUCUUCAAACCAAGCUGCUUACCUAUUGCAGAUUCAGUCUUCCCAGCCUGGUGCAGGUCUACAAUUUUGUUUCUGGUGUCCUUUGACAGCUCUUUGGUCUUGGCCAUGGUGGAGUUUGGAGUGUGACUGUUUGAGGUUGUGGACAGGUGUCUUUUAUACUGAUAACAAGUUCAAACAGGUGCCAUUAAUACAGGUAACGAGUGGAGGACAGAGGAGCCUCUUAAAGAAGAAGUUACAGGUCUGUGAGAGCCAGAAAUCUUUCUUGUUUGUAGGUGACCAAAUACUUAUUUUCCACCAUAAUUUCCAUAUAAAUUCAUUAAAAAUCCUACAAUUAUUAGGUUGGGUGGUGGACUCAGGUGCAGAGACGGACACACGGACAAAGAGAGUAAAAUUAGGAUGUAGUUUAUUCAACGUGUAUUGGCAGAGAGAAGUAGUCAGGGUGGAGAGCCAGUAGUCCUGAGAGCGGGAUAACGAGGAUAUCAGGCAACAGAGGAGCAGGUAGCGGCGUGGGAAUGGCAGGCAGGCAAGCAGGCAGGCAGGCAGCAGGAACAGACGAGAUCUGGUCGAAGGAGAGACAGGUUACAAAACGUGGCAGGAACAACAAUAAUACUGAGAGAGUACAACUACACUGAGAGUGCUGUACGGGCCAAGUUACCACUGGAAGUGUAGGAACGAACUGGCGCUGGAGAGGUGUCCAGCCCGGGUAGAUAUCUGCUGCUUGAUUGGUGCCAAUGAGCUGCAGCUUGAUGUAACUGCUCUGGUGAUAGAAUGGCCACGCCCGCUGACCUAGAACCUCUGACUGCACAGCAGGGGGAGACAGACACAAACAACACACACAGGGGAGAAAAGGGAAAGGAACACCAACAGGAACAGGACCAACAGAGCCGGACCGUAACAGUACCCCCCCCUCAACGGGCGCCACCCGGCGACCCACCCGGCUUGUCAGGGUGGUCCCUAUGGAAGUCAUUCACUAGCUGAGGAUCCAGGAUAAAACGUCUGGGAAUCCAGGACCUCUCCUCGGGACCGUCUCUCUCCCAGUCCACCAGGUACUGAAACCCCCUACCACGCCUCCGGACGUCCAGCAGUCUCCGAACCGUGUAGGCUGGAUGGUCGUCAAUAAUGCGCGGUAGCGGAGGAGGAUCCGCCGGCGGACACAAAGGACUGGAGGAGACCAUCUUCAGCUGGGACACGUGAAAUGUAGGAUGGACUCUCAUGGCCUGGGGAAGCUUCAACCGAACAGCCGAAGGGUUGAUGAUGGAUUCGACCUCAAAAGGACCCAAAUAUCGGGGCGACAGCUUACGGGAGUCAGUGCGCAGGGGAAUGUUGCUGGAGGAGAGCCAGACACGCUGACCAGGCUGGAACUGUGGAGCGACUACCCUGUGCCUGUCCGCCACCCUCUUAUUCCUCUCUUCUGUCCGUAGAAGGGCCUCACGGGUGUCCACCCACACCUUGCGGCAGCGACGAAGGUUAUCCUGAACUGACGGAACGGCUAACUCCCUUUCCUGAGACGGGAACAAUGGCGGUUGGUACCCCAAAGCCGCCUCAAAUGGUGAGAGGCCCGUGGCAGAUGAGGUGAGGGAAUUGUGGGCAUAUUCGACCCACGGGAGAUGUUUGGCCCAGGUGGACGGGUUCUGGGAUGUCACACAGCGUAGAGCAGCCUCCAGGUCCUGGUUAGUCCUCUCAGUCUGGCCAUUGGACUGGGGAUGGAAACCUGAUGAGAGACUGACAGAGGCACCCAGAGCCGAACAAAACUCCUUCCAUACCCGAGAAAUAAACUGUGGACCUCUAUCGGACACUAUGUCCACAGGUAUUCCAUGGGGACGGAAUACAUGUAGGACAAAGAGGUCGGCUGUCUCACUGGCAGAUGGUAAUUUUGGUAAUGCAACAAAAUGGGCAGAUUUAGAGAAUCUGUCCACGAUGGUGAGUAUAGUGUCAUUACCCUCAGACAUAGGAAGUCCAGUGACGAAGUCCAAGCCCACGUGAGACCAAGGGCGACUCGGGACAGGGAGAGGCCGCAGCAGGCCCGAAGGAGCCCUGUGGGAAGCCUUAUUUUGGGCACAGAUGGAACAGGCCGCCACGUACUCCCGGACGUCAGCCUCGGCGGAUGGCCACCAAAAGUGCCUCUUGAGUAGCGAUAGUGUACGUUUCAUACCAGGGUGGCAGGAGAAGCGUGAGGUGUGGAUCCAGUUGAGCACUUGCGGCCGCACGGCUGCGGGAACAUAGAGAAGGUCGGGAGGCCCAUCGGCCGGUCCAGGUUCCAACUCUUGUGCCGAUCGGACGAGGGACUCGAUUUCCCAAUGAACAGCCGCCACCAAACAGGAAGCGGGCAGAACAGAUUCAGGAUUGCUGGAGUCUUCAGUGUCUGUAAACUGGCGAGAGAGAGAAUCAGGCUUGACAUUACGUGUGCCAGGACGAUAUGUUAAGAUAAACUUGAACCUGCUGAAGAACAGAGCCCAUCUGGCCUGACGGGAGUUCAGCCUCUUGGACGACUGGAUGUAAGCCAGGUUCUUGUGGUCCGUCCAGACUAUGAAGGGUUGCUCUGCUCCGUCUAGCCAGUGCCUCCAUUCCUCCAACGCCAACUUGACAGCAAGCAACUCCCGGUUACCCACGUCGUAGUUCUUCUCAGCAGGGGUCAAUCUCUUGGAGAAAAAAGCCACCGGAUGGAGCUUCUGGUCCGUGGGGGAACGUUGUGACAGGACAGCCCCCACCCCCGAAUCCGAGGCGUCCACUUCCACAACAAACUGCAAACUAGUGUCUGGAUGAAUAAGAACAGGUGAGGUGGUGAACAGUUUCUUCAAUGUACUCACGGCUGACUCGGCCUCAGGCGUCCACAGGAAUGGCACCUUAGGGGAGGUGAGCUUGGUCAGGGGGGCAACCACUCGGCUGAAACCCCUGAUGAAGCGGCGGUAGAAGUUGGCGAAACCCAGGAAGCGUUGUAGCUGCUUCCGAGACGUGGGUGUGGGCCACUCCACAACCGCUCUGAUCUUCUCAGGGUCUGGUGACACUUGUCCCCGCUCGAUGAUAAAGCCCAAAAAGGGGACGGACUGCCGGUGGAACUCACAUUUUUCUGCCUUCACAUACAGUUUGUUUUCCAUGAGGCGUUGGAGAACCAGACGGACGUGGGAGACGUGUUCAUCCUGUGACUUAGAGAAUAUCAGAAUGUCAUCCAAAUAGACAAACACAAAACGGUGUAGAAAAUCCCUCAACACAUCGUUCACCAUGGCCUGAAACACUGCUGGGGCGUUAGUGAGACCGAAUGGCAUGACUAGGUAUUCAAAGUGUCCGAGAGGGGUAUUAAACCCAGUCUUCCAUUCGUCUCCCUGCCUGAUCCUAACGAGGUGGUAAGCGUUCCGUAGGUCGAGUUUGGUAAACACAGUGGCACCAUGAAGGGAGUCAAAUGCUGAGUUGAUGAGAGGCAGGGGGUAUGUAUUUCGGACUGUGAUGUUAUUAAGUCCUCUGUAGUCAAUGCAGGGCCGUAAAGUUUUGUCCUUCUUCUCAACAAAAAAGAACCCAGCACCAACAGCGGACGAUGAGGGACGAAUGAUGCCAGAGGGUAGGGAGUCGCCUAUGUAGGUUUCCAUAGCUUCUCUCUCAGGACGGGACAGAUUGAAAAGCCGACUGGACGGCAAAGGCGCUCCAGGCAGUAACUCAAUAGCGCAAUCGUAUGGCCUAUGAGGUGGUAAUGAAAGUGCCUUGGACUUGCUGAAUACCUCGGCCAGGUCCCGGUACUCCUCCGGGACUGAAGAGAGGUCUGGGGUUUUGACAGGGGAAGCAGGGGAGCCGACCGAGGGCGGAAUAGCCGACCCAAGGCAAACAGAAUGGCAGUGAGUGCUCCAACUGUGUAUCUUGUGGUUUUGCCAAUCAAUAUGGGGGUUGUGAAGGCUAAGCCAGGGAAAACCGAGGAUAAGGGGGGAGGCCGAGGAGGAGACUACUUUGAACUGGAUGGUUUCUUUGUGAUUGCCGGACAGCAUGAGAGAAACGGGGACAGUUUGGUGGGUGAUGUUGGCAAACUGAUGGCCGUCAAUAGCGGUUACUGUUAUAGGCUUAGGCAGGGGCUUAACAGGGAUCUCAGCCUGAGUAACCAGGCUAGCGUCAAUAAAACUAUCCUCAGCACCAGAGUCGAUGAGAGCAGUUAGUGGGAGAGAUAGAUUCCUGAACUGGACUGUAACUGGGAUCACUAGACGGGGUGCUGUGGGCAUUGAGUCUGGUAUAACACUCGCAAGUACGCCCACUUUUACCUGCGAGCUUGGUCUUUUUGGGCGAAUCGGACAGUUAACCAGGAAAUGAGUGCGGUCCCCACAGUACAUGCACUCACCAGCCCGUAUGCGCCGUUCCUUUUCGACAUGGGACAGACGAGCACGGCCCAGCUGCAUGGGCUCGUCUAGUUCCGUGGAGGGAUCCGCUGAGGUGUGUGGUCGGUGUCCGAGUGGUGGUGUAGCUCGGACUGCAGAAAGCGAGGGAGCCCCGUUAGAGGUGUGGACCCGACCGCCCCUCUCCUGUCUCCUCUCCCGUAGCCUGUUGUCUAUUCGUGUAGCAAGGGAAACGAGAACAUGAAGGUUAGCAGGCUCAUCACGAACAGCUAGUUCAUUCUUAAUUGUGUCACUUAGACCGUUAACAAACGCUCCCUGAAGAGCUUCGUCGUUCCACUUGGAAUCGGCUGCCAAGGUCCAAAAAUCAAUGGCGUAUUCAGCCACGCUACCCGUGCCCUGUCGUAGCUUCAAUAGUCUCUUUGUGGCGGUUCCGGCAUAGUCCGGGUGAUCAAACACCACUUUCAAUUGAGAGGAAAAAUCGUCAAACGACAGGCUGGUAAUCUGCUGAGUAGAACAAGCCGCUUCUGCCCACAUCAAAGCUUUGCCCCUCAUUAACCCCAGUGCGUAAUGUACCUUUGAGGAUUCCGUGGCGAAAGACAGGGGCUUCUGUUGGAACACCAAGCGGCACUGAAGCAGGAACCCACGGCAUUUGUUCAAAUCCCCGGUGAAAGGUUCGGGUGCAGUUGUAGGGGGUUCCCGAAGGACAGGAGCGGAAGCCGAGCCUGGAGCCACUGUAGGAGGAACAGGCGGAGGAGAAGCAGAGGGAGAAAGGGUAGUGAGUGUUACCAGGUUAGUUACCUGAGAGGUGAGAUGAGAUACUUGAUCCAACAACUGCUGGUUGUUAUCCAAUAGAGUCCGGAUGAGUUGGUCGUGUUGUCCCAAUAGUACUCCUUGUGAAUGGAGGGCGUGUUGUACGCCAUCACCCGUUGUUUCAUGUGGCAUCUCUGCUGAGUCCAUGUUUGGCCAGUUCGUUCUAUUAGGUUGGGUGGUGGACUCAGGUGCAGAGACGGACACACGGACAAAGAGAGUAAAAUUAGGAUGUAGUUUAUUCAACGUGUAUUGGCAGAGAGAAGUAGUCAGGGUGGAGAGCCAGUAGUCCUGAGAGCGGGAUAACGAGGAUAUCAGGCAACAGAGGAGCAGGUAGCGGCGUGGGAAUGGCAGGCAGGCAAGCAGGCAGGCAGGCAGCAGGAACAGACGAGAUCUGGUCGAAGGAGAGACAGGUUACAAAACGUGGCAGGAACAACAAUAAUACUGAGAGAGUACAACUACACUGAGAGUGCUGUACGGGCCAAGUUACCACUGGAAGUGUAGGAACGAACUGGCGCUGGAGAGGUGUCCAGCCCGGGUAGAUAUCUGCUGCUUGAUUGGUGCCAAUGAGCUGCAGCUUGAUGUAACUGCUCUGGUGAUAGAAUGGCCACGCCCGCUGACCUAGAACCUCUGACUGCACAGCAGGGGGAGACAGACACAAACAACACACACAGGGGAGAAAAGGGAAAGGAACACCAACAGGAACAGGACCAACAGAGCCGGACCGUAACAACAAUGUGAUUUUCUGGAGAAAAAAAUCUCAAUUUGUCUGUCAUAGUUGACGUGUACCUAUGAUGAAAAUUACAGGCCUCGCUCAUCUUUUUAAGUGGGAGAACUUGCACAAUUGGUGGCUGACUAAAUACUUUUUUCCCCCACUGUAUAACACCAAUAAAUACACAAUAAAAACACAACAAAGGACACACAGACACUAAAAGAAGCACAUCGUCAAUUAAUAAUUUUUUUUUAAGGCAGAGGCUGUGGAUCCGUAGGCAACUGCCCACCCCGUCGCGACCUCUUGGACCUUUCUUCCCCGGAGCUAAAGAUCGGAAUCACUUUCACAUUUAUUUUUACGUACAGUGCCUUCAGAAAGUAUUCACACCACUCAACUUUUUCCACACUUUCUUGUGUUACAGCCUAAAUUUAAAAUGAAUUAAAAAACGAAAAGCUGAAAUGUCUUGAGUCAAUAAGUAUUCAACCCCUUUGUUAUAGCAAGCCAAAAUAGGUUCAAGAGUAAAAAUGUGCUUAACAAGUCACAUAAUAAGUUGCAUGGACUCACUCUGUGUGCUCGUGUCCUUAAGAGUCUAUUGAUGCAUCAGUGCGUCUAUAUAAGUAACAUAGUAAUCAAAUGUAACAAAUCCCCAUCAAAAUCCGUUAGUUUAAGCUAGAAAUAUCAGUUUUUUGCAUUAGCUUCAUAGGUAUCCGCCUAUGUUUGUGGUCCUCUGUAGCUCAGCUGGUAGAGCACGGCGCUUGUAACGCCAAGGUAGUGGGUUCGACCCCGGGACCACCCAUACACAAAAAAAAAUGUAUGCACGCAUGACUGUAAGUCGCUUUGGCUAAAAGCGUCUGCUAAAUGGCAUAUUAUUAUAUUAUAUUAUUAUAUUAUUAUAUGUUGGCCUUCUGCAUCUGCAGUGGAAGGUGGCCGAGCUACAGCUGUUUGUCAGACCAAGAGACAUCCCGAAAAUCGGUCUUCUCAAGAAAACAUCUGUAGCGUUCGAACAGUUUGACCACUCUAUGGAAAGAUGAGACUCUCACGAACACGAUGGUGUUCUCCGUUUUAGUCUAUGACCCCCCCACAAGACCCAUGGGACUCAUCUGAAGUUAGCACCGCUGAUAUGCCAACUUCUGUCUGUAGCGUUCGAACCGUUUGGGCUACAAACUAAUAUUACCCGACUAUGGAAAGGGUGUUCUCUGUUUUGCUCUAUGACUCCCACAAGUGUCAUGGUCCUUGUCUGAAGGUAACCGGUUUUAAAAAAUGAUUGGAAGUAUGGAGGUCGUUUUGUGCCAACAAAAAAAGGGAUUAAAUAUGUGUCUAAAAAACUAUGUGUUUUCAAUGUGUUUCUAUGGGCUAAAGUAAUAAAGGCCAAAUUCAAUAUUCUAUUAAAAAUAUAUAUAUAUUAAAACAUAUUUAUACAAACAGGGGUCCUAAAAUUCUAAAUCAAACAGCUAAAUGAUCCAUGGUAUGACCAUCUUAAAACAAUUCCAUAGAGGCUUAGACUUUUAGAGGUUUUUAAUAUGAUUUUUGAAUGACUACCUUAUCUCCUUACCCCACACAUGCAAUUAACUGUAAGGUCUCUCAGUCGAGAAGUGAAUUUCAAACACAGAUUCAACCACUACAAAAUGUAUUUAUUUUUGCCAUGUCUGUUUUCCAAUGCCUCACAAAGAAGGGCGCCUAUUGGUAGAUGGGUAAAAGUAAAAUAAAAAUGAUCCCUUAAAGCAGGGGUGCCCAGACUUUAGUUACAUAGGAUCUACUUUUUCCACCCUCUUCAUAACACGGUCUACCUACCACCCCCCUCAUUAUUUUUCAACAGACUCGAUGGUAACGCUGUGAAUUGCCAAAUAUAUAUAUUUUUUGUGCAUACAUUUUGAAAACUUUUAUGCAGUCUACUAGAAAGAAGUUUGCGAUCGACAGGUCGACCGCGAUCAACGUCCUGGGCACCAAUGCCUUAGAGCAUCGUGAAGUUAUUAAUUACACUUUGGAUGGUGUAUCAAUACACCCAGUCACUACAAAGAUACAGGCGUCAUUCCUAGCUCAGUUGCCGGAGAGGAAGGAAACCGCUCAGGGAUUUCACCAUGAGGCCAAUGGUGACUUUAAAACAGUUCCAGAGUUUAAUGGCUCUGAUAGGAGAAAACGGAGGAUGGAUCAACAGCAUUAUAGUUACUCUACAAUACUAACCUAAUUGACUGAGAGAAAAUAAGGUAGCCUGUACAGAAUAAAAAAUAUUCGAAAACAUGCAUCCUGUUGCAAUAAGGCAAUAAAGUGAUACUGCAAAAAAAUGUAGCAAAGCAAUUAAGUUUUAUUCCUGAAUACAAAGUGUUAUGUCCAAUACAAAUCCAAUACAACACAUUACUGAGUACCACUCUCCAUAUUUUCAAGCAUAGUGGUGGCUGCAUCAUGUUAUGGGUAUGCUUGUAAUUGUUAAUUGUUAAUGACUGGGGAGUUUUUCAAGAUAAAAAAGAAAUGGAAAGGAGUUAAGUACAAGCUAACCCCUGAGGAGUAUAUUUUUUUAUAAUAAUGUAUACUUUUUUUAGUUUUUGCUCAAUCUGAUUGGGUGUGCCUGGCUGGGCCUGGCUGCCCAGUGGGUGGGCCUGUGUCCACCUAGGCCUACGCCCCUGUAUUACAGUGUAUUGCAUUGGGAGCUAUAGAGGGGGCAAAGCGAAAAGCCAGCAGCAGGCCGUGCGACACAGUCCCCCUAAAAACCAAACCAUAUUUGGUUAGUAGAGACCCUACUGAAUAUUUCCCACCCACUUUAGCUGAGACAGGUAGAACAAUUCACAUUUUAGCAGGACAAUAACCUAAAAUACAAGGCCAAAUCUACACUGGAGUUGCUUACCAAGAAGACAGUGAAUGCUCCUGAGUGGCCGAGUUUCAGUUUUGACUUAAAUCUACUUGAAAAUCUAUGGCAAGUCCUCAAAAUGGUUGUCUAGCAAUUGUCAACAACCAAUUUGAGAGGGCUUGAAGAAUUCUGAAAAGAAUAAUGGGCAAAUGUUGCACAAUCCAGGUGUGGAAAGCUCUUAGAAACUUACCCAGAAAGACUCACAGCUGUAAUCGCUGUCAAAGGGGCUUUUACAAAGUAUUGACUCAGGGGUGUGAAUUCUUAUGUAAAUUCAAUAUCUGUAUUUCAUUUUCAAUACAUUUGCAAACAUUUCUAAAAACAUGUUUUCACUUUGUCAUUAUGGGGAAUUGUGUGUAAAUGGAUAAGAAAAAAAUAUAUUUAAUUGAUGUUGAAUUCAGGCUGUAACACAACAAAAUGUGGAAUAGGUAAAGGGGUAUGAAUAGUUUCUGAAACCACCCUCCCCAUCCAUUCACGUUUCUUAAGUAUCUGCUGCUCAACCUCCCCCUUCAAGUUUCUCUCUUUACUCACCCUCUUCUGGAAACUCAACCAAUUUGAUUGACAUGAUGAAGUAGCAUACUGCAUCAUAUUUCUGAAUAGCAGAAUUAAAUAUCCUGCUACAUUUAGGAUGUAGGCUAAAAUCUUCUCUGUCUGUUGUAACUAAGGAUAUUGGAGUAGCACAAGCAGGGCAUAGUCUACACGUUGAAUGGGGAAAAACAAUCAGCGUUCUAAACACUACAUUUGUGAUGAGGUCAUCUUUAUAGUUAUGCUGCCAUAUCGUAGCCUGAGUUGCUGAAAAAGAACACUACUACUUUGACUGCUUUUCACCCCCUGCUUUGCCAAUGUUUGCAACGAUGGUGAAGAAAGAACAUUAAAUCGCUGUUUAGACUGCCUGUCUGUGUCUUGCAUGUGUUUGAAAUGCUGUCUAAAUAGCUUGCCUCAAUAGCUGUAUGUAGCCUACUCCCUCCUGAAAAAAGAACAUGAAUCGUUACUUAGACUGCCUGUUUGUGUCAUUCUUACAGUACCAGUCAAACGUUUGCACACCUACUCAUUCAAGGGUUUUUCUUUAUUUUUACUAUUUUCUACAUUGUAGAAUAAUAGUGAAGACAUCAAAACUAUGAAAUAACACAUAUUGAAUCAUGUAGUAACCAAAAAAGUGUUUAACAAAUCAAAAUUUAUUUUAUAUUUGAGAUUCUUCAAAGUAGCAACCCUUUGCCUUGAUGACAGCUUUGCACACUCUUGGCAUUCUCUCAACCAGCUUCAUGAGAUAGUCACCUGGAAUGCAUUUCAAUUAACAGGUGUGCCUUGUUAAAAGUUAAUUUGUGGAAUUUUAUUCCUUCUUAAGGCGUUUGAGCCAAUCAGUUGUGUUGUGACAAGGUAGGGGUGGUAUACAGAAGAUAGCCCUAUUUGGUAAAAGACCAAGUCCAUAUUAUGGCAAGAACAGCUCAAAUAAGCAAAGGGAAACGACAGUCCAUCAUUACUUUAAGACAUGAAGGUCAGUCAAUCCGGAACAUUUCAAGAACUUUGAAAGUUUGCAAUAGCCUACUGUUACAAAAAACAAAGAAGUUCGUUGUUCAACAUGUCGAUCAUGUCUAUUGUUCAACAUGUCAAAGUUUGUAGACUACACCAGGCAAUGACCCCCCCCCCCCCCCCCCCCCCCCCCCCCCCCCCCCCCAGCAGAUCACACUGUAGAACAGGACACUAGCCACAACAUUAUUAAAACACAUUUGGAGUAUUUGGGGGCAGACAUCAAAGGAUCUGAGCUUCCUUAAAAAUAAUAGCCUUUUCUGAGCCUUUUUAAAAACCAUGGAGGUAUUCUCUCUCCACUGCAACUUGUCAUCUAUCACCAUCCCCAGGUGAUCCCAUUGAUGACCACAGGUGAUGUGUUUUCCUUCUUCCUCCUGAAGUCUAUCACCAGCUUUUUAGUUUUAGACACAUUCAGCACCAGGUGGUUUUAGCUCACCAUGACACAAAUGAGGAUAUUUCCUCCCUGCAUAGGGAGUCAUCAUCCUUCCGUGAUGCAGCCUACAAUUGGUGCAUUGCAAUGAACAGACAGAACAUAACACGCACCUGCAGGUUACCGCUGAAUUCCUUAACAUGCUACUAACCGGAGCUCCGAGCUAAAAUAACUGCUGGUUACAACAAAAAGAACAGCGGAAUAAACUAAUCAGAACAGCUGAUCUGACAUUGUUACGGUGUCAAGCCAGCUUGGUAGGCUACUAGACUGUGGAAAAGGUCAUUGUCUGCGUUCACUAGGCCUACUCGCGCCCAAAUGAGGUAACAUCCUAUCAGGAACAACGAAAUUGAAAUAGGACAAAUAUAAAUGAAGGAAUAGCACAUAUUACAACUGAAAUAAAAGGAUUUGACUGGAAAUGUUGCCUGUGUAAAUUACGAUGAUUUAGUUAACACGUUAAAUGCCAGCCAAAUUAUACCUAUCGAGGCUACACUUCUGCGAAAAUAAAGUUAUUGAAGACCAACUUUUAAUUAAUUACCACUUUGUAAAUCAAAUGUUAGCUGACAUGGGCUAAUUGAGUGACUGUCCGUGACUGACAUAACAAGGGUGGCAGGUAGCCUAGUGGUUAAGAGCGUUGGGUCAGUACCUGAAAAGUUGCCCGGGUCGAAUCCCUGAGCCAACUAGGUCAAAAUCUGUUGAUGUGCCCUUGAGCAAGGCACUUAACCCUAAUUGCGCCUUUAAAUUGCUCUGGAUAAGAGUGUCUGCUAAAAGGUCAAGGAAAACUCCUGAUGCACUACCAAAUUUUGAAAUGACAUGUUGUGUAUUCCACUAUACUUACAGUAUGUUAAUACCCCGACUGAUAAAAAGUAGUACGCAGUAGGAAAUAGGGUGCAAUUUCGCCUGUAUGUGUUUCAGGUUAUGUUGCCGUGGUGAUUGCGGCAUGCGUGCUGAACUUGCAGCGUGCUCUGGCCCUGUUGGUGCUGACCCUGCUGGCUGUCUUCUUUCUUCUGUGGGACUGGCUGAUGGGCCGCUAUGGGCAGCGCCUCUGGGACACCCUGCAACCCGCCAGGAACACCCUCAACACACACUGGCUCUGGGUCAAAUGGUGGGAGAACUGCAUUUUCUCUCCUUCUCACUCUCUCUCUUUUCUGUAUAAUAUCACAUUUGUCCUGUAUGUGUAGUCCUUUUGGUGAUUCUUGUUGUUGUUCCUCUGCUCUCUACCUCUGGUCGGUCUGUCUGUCUGUCUGUGCAGGGUGGUGUUUGUGCUGCUGCUGGUGGCAGUGGUGUGCUGGCUGGUAUUUGACACGGCCAAACAGGGAACACGGCAGCUAGUCUCUUUCUCCGGACUCGUCUGCUUCGUAAUGCUCAUGCUGGUGUUCUCCAGGAAUCCAUUCAGGGUAUGGCAAACCAACAAACACACACCCUAAUGCAUCGACUCCGUAUCGUUCCAAAGACCAUUCGCUGUAGUUCUGAGUGAUCUUGUGGGUAUAUGUUUUUGUGUGUGCUUCCCUGCAAGCCUGUGCGUUUGUGUGUGUGUCUACCCGUAUGUUUAUGUGUGUGUGGUGUAGGUGUCAUGGCGAACUUUACUGUGGGGUGUGGCGCUGCAGUUCUUAUUUGGACUCAUCAUCCUCAGAACCAAAGCAGGAUUCACUGCUGUAGACUGGCUGGGCCAUCAAGUGGAGGUAUACUAUACAUCUACUGUGUACUAUCCAGGGAAACUCAAGCAGAGGGCAAAAUGGACAUCAAUUGGAUCAUUGAUAUUACAAAUAUUAGCCAGCACAAAGGCCCUUGUUUUUCUUUGGACCACAUUGCUAAUGUCACUCUCAUCAGCAUAAUCACAUUUCCCUGUCCCCUGUUCCAGCAUCCUCAGCAGAUAUACAGUAGAGUAUACCUGUUAGGAAAGAGUGACCUCAUUAUUUCAGUCUGUGUCGAAACAUCUCUCCUCUCUCACCCAGGUGUUUCUGUCCUACACUGACACCGGCUCUAGGUUUGUGUUUGGCGACAAAUACACAGACCACUUCUUUGCAUUCAAGGUAUAGGAUCAUAUGAGUAUGUCUGUAUACGUGAGAGACUUUGAGAAAAUUACAUGAAGUGAAAAGAAAAGACAGAAACCCAACACUGUCAUCUUCUUUCUCUGCAUUCAGGUUCUGCCUAUUGUAGUGUUCUUCAGUACUGUCAUCUCUAUGCUCUACUACCUUGGCUUCAUGCAGUGGCUCAUCCUCAAGGUACUCAUCACAUACGUUCAAAUCUUAUUCAAUCAUCAUACAAGUGACUAAAUUAGACAAUGAUAAUUCAGCCGCCACACAGUACUGUAUCAAGGUUGUCAUUUACCGGGGGAUGGGGGGGGGGUAAAUGUGACCAGUAUUAUUGUUUUAUAUGUUGUAUACUUGGGUAUCAUUUUGGCACAGAAACGUUGGCAUCAUUGUUUACGUUUGUCUGUGCAUACAUCCAGGUGGGCUUCAUAAUGCAGAUUACCAUGGGAACUUCUCCCACAGAGUCAAUGGUCGCCGCUGGCAACAUAUUUGUGGGACAGGUGAGAAUAGUAUGAGUGACAGAUGUGCUAGGCAGCAAAAGAGAAUUACAUGACAACCAGGCAAAGGAGUAUCACCCUCUCUCUCUCUCGCUCUCAGACAGAAUCUCCACUCCUGAUUCGUCCGUACAUCUCCCAGCUGACCUUGUCAGAGAUCCAUGCCGUGAUGGCAGGAGGGUUCGCCACCAUUGCUGGCAGCGUACUGGGAGCCUUCAUCUCUUUUGGGGUGAGGAGGAGGAGGAGGAUGAGAGGAAGAGGGGCGGGAGUAGGGGAGGAGAGGGAAGAAGAGGAAGAGGAGGGAGUAGGGGAGGCAGGAGGAGAGGGAAGAGGAGGAGCAGUAGGGGAGGCCAGGAGCGAGAGGAAGGGAGGGAAGAGUAGGGCGAGGGGGGAGGCAGGAGCGGGAAGAGGAGGAAGAGGGGGGGGAGUAGGGGAGGCAGGGGAAGGGAAGAGGAGGAAGAGGAGGGAGUAGGGGGGCAGGAGGAAAGGGAAGAGGAGGAAGAGGAGGGAGUAGGGGAGGCAGGAGGAGAGGGAAGAGGAGAGAGAAGAGGAGGGAGUAGGGGAGGCAGGAGGAGAGGGAAGAGGAGAUAGAGGAGGGAGUAGGAGAGGCAGGAGGAUAGGGAAGAGGAGGAAGAGGAGGGAGUAGGGGAGGCAGGAGGAGAGGGAAGAGGAGAGAGAAGAGGAGGAAAGUCAAUAAACAAUGUUCAAACCUUUGUUUUCUACCAAAGACACACCUGAAAUCUCACCCAAUUGACCUUGUGCCUUGUGUCUCUCUUAAAUGUAACUAAAUGUAAUCCCCAAAAGUAAUUAUUUCUCAUGAGAGGGCCAUAAACAAUAACUAGUAACGCUGCAUACUCCAAGAAAGGUUACAAUCUCACCUUUCUGGUGUAGUCACUUUUGAGGACACAAGCUCAAGUACACAGUACAAAUAUGAUAAAAAUAUGAAAAUAUGAAAUAUUUUAUGAUGUAUUUCCUAUUCAACAAAAAUGUAUGAAUAAGGCUUGAAAUUACUUAUAUUAAUAUCCAUUUAUAAAACGACUAACUAAGAUUUCACCUUCCUUAUAACUGUAAAAUACAUAAUAUGUAUAUCUGCCCCCAUCGCUGUGAAUGUCUCACAGAGCUCAAGCGUGGCUUCCUGAACUCGUUAGGAAUUCGCCUUGCAUCUCAUAUUAAUCUUGCCUGUCUAUGACAAACAGAAAGUGUUUUUUGUUUAGAAUCUAUGAACUAUUUUAGAUCACUGGCUACAAAUCGAUCUCUAAAUGUGCUACAGCUACGAAACCACUUUCUCAUGCUGCGUUACGAUGUAAGGAUUCCAGGCAUAUGCGUUGUUUGUGGCUGUGAUGUAGGGUUCAGCCAGGAGUUAAUGGAAAGUCAGAAGAUAGAAUGAAAUGGUAGGAGGGACAUCCCAGCUUCAAGUACAGGCAGAAGAGACAUAUUCCUGUGUCUGUGAGAAUCCGGGCUACCGCUCAAUGCAAGCCAUUUCGAUCUACGGUGUCCACAGAUCGAUUUAUACGUGUAAAUGUCGGAACUGAAAAGAACCUCUGGCAGAGAGGUUUGGAACUCUAUUUUUUAUUGGUCUAUUACCUAAUUUACCGCCUGGUGGGCCCACCAGGCAGGCCAAAACUCCAACCCAUCAAAACAGGCUGAAAUUUCAGGCGGUCUUCUCAAACAGCUCUUACACUUAAAUUAUCAUAAUUUUUACAAUUUCACAAUAUUAUUCCAAUCUCAUAGUAUGGAAAUAUAUAUAAAACACAGGAAAAUCACAUUUCUGACUGCACUGGGCCUUUAAAAUAUGUUAAUGUUGAGCUGUUUCCUCCUGCCUAUAUCCCCCUCUUCUCUCUGACCCAACCCUUCACCUCUUCCCUACCCCUCACUUUUGACACAUACCCCCCCCGCCCCCCCCCCCCCCCCCCCAACACACACAUAUACAGAUUGAAGCAUCCCACUUGCUGACAGCCUCCGUAAUGUCAGCCCCGGCCUCCCUGGCCAUCGCCAAGACGUUCUGGCCAGAGACAGAGAUCCCCAAAGUCACAGCCAAGAAAGGCCUCAAACUGGAGACAGAGUGAGACACAGGCACACCUACACACGUGCACGUACGCACAUAAGCACCAAUGUCUGCCUAAUGAGCAUGAGAGUCUUUUCUGGUUUUGUCUAGGGAGGGCAGUAACCUGCUGGAGGCAGCGUCUCACGGAGCGUCCUCCUCUAUUGUCCUGGUGGCCAACAUCGCUGUCAACCUCAUCGCCUUCCUGGCCCUGCUCGCUUUCCUCAACGCCGCUCUGUCAUGGCUGGGCAACAUGUUCGACUACCCCCAGCUCAGCUUCUCUGUGAGGACACACAAGUGUGCAUGUGCAUAGAAGCACACACACACACACACACACACACACACACACACACACACACAGACACACAGAGACACACUAAAUACAGGCUGGAUAGAAAUCAAUGCUUCUCUAAGACACAGACUCUCUGUCCCUCUCUCUUUCUCUCUCUCUCUCUGAUGACAGAUCAUCUGCUCGUACGUAUUCAUGCCCUUCUCCUUCCUGAUGGGUGUGGCCUGGGAGGACAGCUUCGUGGUGGGUGAGCUGAUUGGCUACAAGACCUUCUUCAAUGAGUUUGUGGCCUAUCAGAGGUUGGCAGAACUCAUCAAGAGGAGAGAGGACAGAGGCCCAGAGUACGUGGACGACGUCAAGCAGUAUCUGUCUGUGAGUGGUGUCAGGGGUCCUGUCACUAAGUGGUAAUAUGGGCACUGAAUUGAUAUUUGGGUAUCUGUUUUUUCCUGGACAGACAGGCGGACGGACGGACAGACACACACACACAAACAGAUUACUUUCUUUAUUCAACUUUUCAAAUUUGAUUUGUCUACAUCAAACUCUCCAUAAAUGGUGGAAAUAUAUUUGGACCAUUAAAUCACCUCUUAAGGAUCGGACCCUUUUUUUAAAUUUUCGCCUAAAAUGACAUAACCAAAUCUAACUACCUGUAGCUCAGGACCUGAAGCAAGGAUAUGCAUAUUCUUGAUACCAUUUGAAAGGAAACACUUUGAUGUUUGUGGAAAUGUGAAAUGAAUGCAGGAAAAUAUAACACAUUAUAUCUGGUAAAAGACAAUACAAACAAAAAGACAUGCGUUUUCUAUUGUUCCAUCAUCUUUGAAAUGCAAGGCCACAAUAUAAUAUUGCAGUUUAGGCGCAAUUUAGAUUUCGGCCACUAGAUGGCAGCACUGUGUGUGCAAAGUUUCAGAUUGAUCCAGUGAAGCAUUGCAAUACUGGACUCUUUUGUAUGAAGUCUGCCCAAAUGUGCCGAAUUGGUCAAUUGAUCCAUUUUCAAGUACAUAACUAUAGAGAGCAUACAAAAAUGAUAUGGUAAUACAAAAUGUAAGUUUAAUCACUCCCAGGAAUGUCAUACAUGAUGGAUCAUUAGCUUAUACGAGUGGCGCAGUGGUCUAAGGCACUGCAUCGCAGUGCUAGCUGUGCCACUAGAUUCCUGGUUCGAGUCCAGGCUCUGUCGCAGCCGGCCGCAACCGGGAGACCCAUGGGCGGCGCACAAUUGGUCCAAGGUAGGGGAGGGUUUGGCCGGCAGGGAUGUGGGUUCGUUUCCCACGGGGGGCCAGUAUGAAAUAUAAAAAUAAAAAUAAAAAAAUAUACGUAUGCAUUCACUAACUGUAAGUUAGUGAGUCUGCUAAGAGCGUCUGCUAAAAUGUAAAAUGUCAAUGUAUACACUAACCUUCACACAUCUAGAUGGCCGGGCGGGGUGGGUGUGGAGCCAGAGACAGCAGGGGUUCAAACUGUAGAACCCAGUUCCAACAUUUGAAUACAGAAAUUGAUUUUAUCAAACAAAACUAUGCUACAUUUUAUCUCUGGGACCCUGAGGAUGACAAAUCAGAGCAAGAUUACUGAAUGUAAGUACAUUAUUUACAGUUGAAGUCAGAAGUUUACAUACACCUUAGUCAAAUACAUUUAAACUCAGAUUUUCACAAUUCCUGACAUUUAAUCCUAGUAAAUAUUCCCUGUCUUAGGUCAGUUAGGAUCACCACUUUAUUUUAAGAAUGUGAAAUGUCAGAAUAAUAGCAGAGAGAAUGAUUUAUUUCAGCUUUUAUUUAUUUAAUCUCAUUCCCAGUGGGUCAGAAAUUUACAUACACUCAAUUAGUAUUUGGUAGCAUUGCCUUUAAAUUGUUUAAAUUGGGUCAAACGUUUCGGGUAGCCUUCCACAAGCUUCCCACAAUAAGUUGGGUGAAUUUUGGCCCAUUCCUCCUGACAGAGCUGGUGUAACUGAGUCAGGUUUGUAGUCCUCCUUGCUCGCACACUCUUUUCAGUUCUGCCCAGGGCUUUGUGAUGGCCACUCCAAUACCUUGACUUUGUUGUCCUUAAGCCAUUUUGCCACAACUUUGUAAGUAUGCUUGGGGUCAUUGUCCAUUUGGAAGACCCAUUUGCGACCAAGCUUUAACUUCCUGACUGAUGUCUUGAGAUGUUGCUUCAAUAUAUCCACAUAAUUUUCCUUCCUCAUGAUGCCAUAUAUUUUGUGAAGUGCACCAGUCCCUCCUGCAGCAAAGCACCCCCACAACAUGAUGCUGCCACCCCCGGGCUUCACGGUUGGGAUGGUGUUCUUCCGCUUGCAAGCCACCUCCUUUUUCCUUCAAACAUAACGAUGGUCAUGACCCAAACAGUUCUAUUUUUGUUUCAUCAGACCAGAGGACAUUUCUCCAAAAAGUACGAUCUUUGUCCCCAUGUGCAGUUGCAAACCGUAGUCUGGCUUUUUUAUGGCGGUUUUGGAGCAGUGGCUUCUUCCUUGCUGAGCGGCCUUUCAGGUUAUGUCAAUAUAGGACUCGUUUUACUGUGGAUAUAGAUACGUUUGUACCUGUUUCCUCCAGCAUCUUCACAAGGUCCUUUGCUGUUGUUCUGGGAUUGAUUUGCACUUUUCACACCAAAGUACAUUCAUCUCUAGGAGACAGAACGCAUCUCCUUCCUGAGCGGUAUGACGGCUGCGUGGUCCCAUGGUGUUUAUACUUGCGUACAAUUGUUUGUACAGAUGAACGUGGUACCUUCAGGUGUUUGGAAAUUGCUCCCAAGGAUGAACCAGACUUGUGGAGGACUACAAUUUUUUGGCUGAUUUCUUUUGAUUUUCCCAUGAUGUCAAGCAAAGAGGCAUUGAGUUUGAAGGUAGGCCUUGAAAUACAUCCACAGGUACACCUCCAAUUGACUCAAAUGAUGUCAAUUAGCCUAUCAGAAGCUUCUAAAGUCAUGACAUCAUUUUCUGGAAUUUUCCAAGCUGUUUAAAGGCACAGUCAACUUAGUGUAUGUAAACUUCUGACCCACUGGAAUUGUGAUACAGUGAAUUAUAAGUGAAAUAAUCUGUCUGUAAACAAUUGUUGGAAAAAUUACUUGUGUCAUGCUCAAAGUAGAUGUCCUAACCGAAUUGCCAAAACUAUAGUUUGUUAACAAGAAAUUUGUGGAGUGGUUGAAGAACGAAUUUAAAUGACUCCAACCUAAGUAUAUGUAAACUUACAACUUCAACUGUACCUUCAGAGGUGAAUGUAUCAAACCAGUUGCCGUGCUAAGUUUUUGUUGUUGUUGUGCACUCUCCUCAAACAAUAGCAUGGUAUUUUUUCACAGUAAUAGCUACUGUAAAUUGGACAGUGCAGUUAGAUUAACAAUAAUUUAAGCUUUCUGCCUAUAUAAGACAUGUCUAUGUCCUGGAAAGUUUGCUGUUACUUACAACAGUCAUGCUAAUCACAUUAGCGCACGUUAGCUCAACCGUCCCGUAUACGGGACACCGAUCCCGUAGAGGUUAAAUCAUACCUUCUCUAAAUCAGUUCUGAUAUUAUCAGGCCAGAGCUGAUAUUACGAGUGCUCUCUGUAUCAAGGAUUUAUCGUUGCAUUUGCUUGUUUUUGGUGAAGAAACAUUGCUUCAGUAACAGAUCAUUUAGUGUAUAUCAUUUAUGGUAAUUUAACUGUUGCAAAUGUAAUGUUAAUGGCUUGUUGCAUAUCGCAUGGAUGUUGAUUGGCUGUUGCAUAUUUAUUAUACAUCUAAAGAUUUAGACCCAGGCUGUUUUCUGUCCCCCAGGUCCACUCUGAAACCAUAGCGACGUAUGCUCUGUGUGGCUUCGCUAACAUCAGCUCUCUGGGUGUGAUGAUAGGAGGCCUCUGUGAGUCAAGCCCUCUAACAUCUGUCCUAUCCUGAAUCUCAAAUCAACCGCUAGCCCCUCCCCCCUAGGCACUCUACAGUGAGGGAAAAAAGUAUUUGAUCCCUUGCUGAUUUUGUAUGUUUGCCCACUGACAAAGACAUGAUCAGUCUAUAAUUUUAAUGGUAGAUUUAUAUGAACAGUGAGAGACAGAAUAACAACAAAAAAAUCCAGAAAAACGCAUGUCAAAAAUGUUAUAAAUUGAUUUUCAUUUUAAUGAGGGAAAUAAGUAUUUGACCCCUCUGCAAAACAUGAUUUAGUACUUGGUGGCAAAACCCUUGUUGGCAAUCACAGAGGUCAGAUGUUUCUUGUAGUUGGCCACCAGGUUUGCACACAUCUCAGGAGGGAUUUUGUUCCACUCCUCUUUGCAGAUCUUCUCCAAGUCAUUAAGGUUUCGAGGCUGACAUUUGGCAACUUGAACCUUCAGCUCCCUCCACAGAUUUUCUAUGGGAUUAAGGUCUGGAGACUGGCUAGGCCAAUCCAGGACCUUAAUGUGCUUCUUGUUGAGCCACUCCUUUGUUGCCUUGGCCGUGUGUUUUGGGUCAUUGUCAUGCUGGAAUACCCAUCCACGACCCAUUUUCAAUGCCUUGGCUGAGGGAAGGAGGUUCUCACCCAAGAUUUAACGGUACAUGGCCCUGUCCAUCGUCCCUUUGAUGUGGUGAAGUUGUCCUGUCCCCUUAGCAGAAAAACACCCCCAAAGCAUAAUGUUUCUACCUCCAUGUUUGACGGUGGGGGUGGUGUUCUUGGGGUCAUAGUCAGCAUUCCUCCUCCUCCAAACACGGCGAGUUGAGUUGAUUCCAAAGAGCUCGAUUUUCCUCUGAAUCAUCCAGUUCUCCUCUGAAUCAUUCAGAUGUUCAUUGGCAAACUUCAGACGGGCCUGUAUACAGUGGGGGAAAAAAGUAUUUAGUCAGCCACCAAUUGUGCAAGUUCUCCCACUUAAAAAGAUGAGAGAGGCCUGUAAUUUUCAUCAUAGGUACACGUCUACUAUGACAGACAAAAUGAGGAAAAAAAAUCCAGAAAAUCACAUUGUAGGAUUUUUAAUGAAAUUAUUUGCAAAUUAUGGUGGAAAAUAAGUAUUUGGUCAAUAACAAAAGUUUCUCAAUACUUUGUUAUAUACCCUUUGUUGGCAAUGACACAGGUCAAACGUUUUCUGUAAGUCUUCACAAGGUUUUCACACACUGUUGCUGGUAUUUUGGCCCAUUCCUCCAUUCAGAUCUCCUCUAGAGCAGUGAUGUUUUGGGGCUGUCGCUGGGCAACACGGACUUUCAACUCCCUCCAAAGAUUUUCUAUGGGGUUGAGAUCUGGAGACUGGCUAGGCCACUCCAGGACCUUGAAAUGCUUCUUACGAAGCCACUCCUUCGUUGCCCGGGCGGUGUGUUUGGGAUCAUUGUCAUGCUGAAAGACCCAGCCACGUUUCAUCUUCAAUGCCCUUGCUGAUGGAAGGAGGUUUUCACUCAAAAUCUCACGAUACAUGGCCCCAUUCAUUCUUUCCAUUACACGGAUCAGUCGUCCUGGUCCCUUUGCAGAAAAACAGCCCCAAAGCAUGAUGUUUCCACCCCCAUGCUUCACAGUAGGUAUGGUGUUCUUUGGAUGCAACUCAGCAUUCUUUGUCCUCCAAACACGACGAGUUGAGUUUUUACCAAAAAGUUAUAUUUUGGUUUCAUCUGACCAUAUGACAUUCUCCCAAUCCUCUUCUGGAUCAUCCAAAUGCACUCUGGCAAUCUUCAGACGGGCCUGGACAUGUACUGACUUAAGCAGGGGGACACGUCUGGCACUGCAGGAUUUGAGUCCCUGGCGGCGUAGUGUGUUACUGAUGGUAGGCUUUGUUACUUUGGUCCCAGCUCUCUGCAGGUCAUUCACUAGGUCCCCCCGUGUGGUUCUGGGAUUUUUGCUCACCGUUCUUGUGAUCAUUUUGACCCCACGGGGUGAGAUCUUGCGUGGAGCCCCAGAUCGAGGGAGAUUAUCAGUGGUCUUGUAUGUCUUCCAUUUCCUAAUAAUUGCUCCCACAGUUGAUUUCUUCAAACCAAGCUGCUUACCUAUUGCAGAUUCAGUCUUCCCAGCCUGGUGCAGGUCUACAAUUUUGUUUCUGGUGUCCUUUGACAGCUCUUUGGUCUUGGCCAUAGUGGAGUUUGGAGUGUGACUGUUUGAGGUUGUGGACAGGUGUCUUUUAUACUAAUAACAAGUUCAAACAGGUGCCAUUAAUACAGGUAAGGAGUGGAGGACAGAGGAGCCUCUUAAAGAAGAAGUUACAGGUCUGUGAGAGCCAGAAAUCUUGCUUGUUUGUAGGUGACCAAAUACUUAUUUUCCACCAUAAUUUGCAAAUAAAUUCAUUAAAAAUCCUACAAUGUGAUUUUCAGGAUUUUUUUUCUCAAUUUGUCUGUCAUAGUUGCCGUGUACCUAUGAUGAAAAUUACAGGCCUCUCUCAUCUUUUUAAGUGGGAGAACUUGCACAAUUGGUGGCUGACUAAAUACUUUUUUCCCCACUGUAUGUGCUUUCUUGAGCAGGGGACCUUGCGGGCGCUGCAGGAUUUCAGUCCUUAAAGGCGUAGUGUGUUACCAAUUGUUUUCUUGAUGACUAUGGUCCCAGCUGCCUUGAGAUCAUUGAUAAGAUCCUCCCGUGUAGUUCUGGGCUGAUUCCUCACCGUUCUCAUGAUCAUUGCAACUCCACGAGGUGAGAUCUUGCAUGGAGCCCCAGGCCGAGGGAGAUUGACAGUUCUUUUGUGUUUCUUCCAUUUGCGAAUAAUCACACCAACUGUUAUCACCUUCUCACCAAGCUGCUUGGCGAUGGUCUUGAAGCCCAUUCCAGCCUUGUGUAGGUCUACAAUCUUGUCCCUGACAUCCUUGGAGAGCUUUGGUGUUGGCCAUGGUGGAGAGUUUGGAAUCUGAUUGAUUGAUUGUUUCUGUGGACAGGUGUCUUUUAUACAGGUAACAAACUGAGAUUAGGAGCACUCCCUUUAAGAGUGUGCUCCUAAUCUCAGCUCGUUACCUGUACACCUGGGAGCCAGAAAUCUUUCUGAUUGAGAGGGGGUCAAAUUCUUAUUUCCCUCAUUAAAAUGCAAAUCAAUUUAUAACAUUUUUGACAUGCGUUCUUCUGGAUUAUUUGUUGUUAUUCUGUCUCUCACUGUUCAAAUAAACCUACCAUUAAAAUUAUAGACUGAUAAUUUAUUUGUCAGUGGGCAAACGUACAAAAUCAGCAGGGGAUCAAAUACUUUUUUCCCUCACUGUAAAUGAAGUGUGUUUUUUCCUAUUGAUAUUAUAGUAUUGUUGAGACAUCACUUUGAUUUUGCAAGAAUAUGUUUCAUUUGUGAGGUUCUUAAAAUGUCGCUAUUAUGUUAUUGUAUGUUAAACCAUUGCAAUGUUGUUCUGCUGUAACACUGUGUCUCUGUAUAUUGGUGUGUUGUGGCUGUACUGUGGCGGUAUGGUUGAUGUAGUGUUCUUCAAAUGUUUUUGUAACGUUAUCCUGCUAAAGCGGCUAUGGCCCCAGAGCGGAGGGGCGAUAUUUCCAGGUGUGCCAUCAGAGCUCUUAUCUCAGGCACAGUGGCAUGCUUCAUGACAGCAUGCAUCGCAGGUAACCUCCAAAAUAGUGUGCGUUAUAUAUCUUGUCAUCAUCAUGCAUUAUCCUCUUUGGUGACAUUAUGGUUUUAUGUGUGUGUAUUUGUGUGUCUUCCCAGGUAUGCUGUAUAUCCCAGAGCUGCUGUGUGAAGACUUCCUGAAGGAAGAGUUUAACUCCACAUUAGUCACUAACAGCACUCAGCUCCUCACCUGCUGCACUGAGCUCUACCACAGGUACCACCAGUGUGCGUGUUUGUGGGAGGGGGUAGGGUGACCACGUUCCGGAUUGUGCGGUACAGUCCCGCAUUCUGGCCCUUUGUCCCGCGUCCCACUACCAAACAAUUAUGUCCUGCAUUUUAUCAAAUUAAAACAAGACUAAUUUACUUUUUUUUUUUUUUUUUUUUUUUCAGUCAGACUGUCUUUUUUGCAGUUACGUUGCGCUUAUGACAACAUACGGAUGUGGUACUGGUGAUGUUAAACACUUCUCCAAUUGUUGUUAAGAUCUGAUAUUCUGCGCAGCGCAAGAUGAGACGUAGGCCAAUGUCAUAUCGUCAACCAAUCACAUUUGUCAAAUCCUUUCGGGCUAAAUUCCAGCUGAACUUGGAAAGGACAGUUAACUACUUACAAAAAGCGUGCUUCUAACGAAGAGCUACAAAAUUAAGUAAAUGGCCCAUAUUACACUGAAAGAUAGGCUAUAAGGUAAUUUCUUCAAAUUUGUGAAUCUCUCCAUGCUCAUUAGUUGCUCAUUCAACAUAGGCCUAUUUGCUGCCACUUCACUCAAUUCCGUUUUAGAAGUCUGCCUUAAUAAUAUCCCCCUAGAGUCGAUGUCCGCGGCCCACUGAAAUAUAAUUAGCAUUAUACAAAAAUCCCCAUCCAAAUCCGUCAGUUUAAGGUAGUUAUUUAUUUUUUUGCAUGGGCUGCGUCUCAAUCCACCGCAUCCGCCGAUGUCGCCGUUCCGCAUCUGCCGUGUAAGGUGGCAGAGCUAGAGCUGAGUUUGAAAAUUGGUCUUCUUACGAAAACGUCUGUAGCGUCCGAUCGGUUUGGCCCAUCAGUUGCUGGCUAUGCUACACUGUCCCGCAAAUGUCUCACAAAAUCGUCCUGUUGUCCUGCAUUUGGGCCAAAGCGGUCGGCCACACCACAAAAACUCUCCUGGUUGGCCAACACGUGAUCCUCCAGGCGUUCUCCUCUGUAGGGAACCAGAGGGUUGAGUUACUCACACAAUAUCUGAAAAACUAAGAAAAAUGUGUGUUUUGCCCUUCACCACUGUAAGACAGAGGAAAUUAGCAACGAUACAACUGUGUAUUGUUCAUUAUAGGCUUACUGUUCACAAUGUAGACUACAUUGUACUUUUACAUCAUACUUUCACAUUUUUACAUUUUGAUUAUUUUCCCUUUGUGGUAACUGUUGCUAGAUAAGGGGCCUUAUAAAUAAUAUACGUAUAAUGUACACAAAUAACAAUUUGAUUGAUUAUAAAGGACUAUUAUGUAAAUUAGGUACAGUAACACAUUUGGUUGACUGUAUACCCCACCCAGCUGUCUGGUUGGUCAACUAACUAGGCUGCUGCGUGCAUUCCUGCUUCUUUAUAGAUAGCUACAGGGGCGCAACUUUGGUUUUAGAAGUGGGGGGGACAUAACUUGGUGGGGGGUCUGGGGGUCCUCCUAUUUUUGGGGGUAUCUAAAGCUCAUUUCCUGCAUUUCUACACAAUCUAAUAUGACCCAUGGCCCUUCUAGCGUCUCUAUUUAGAACAACAUAAAGUAAGCAAAAAUGCCCAGUCAUCUAGCUACGUAAGAGAUCAUUAUUAAAUAUGUUUAAGUGAUUGAUAAGACUGAACUAGAUCAAUGAUAAUUCAAUAAUAAAUAUUUUGUUGCACCUUUAACCAAUAGCCUAACAAAUGAACAACUCUUACAAAUAAAGUACAAAGACUUUUGAUUGUCUUUAUUAAGACAUCCUCUAUAUCAAAUUUCAGCCAGACCACCAGCCACCUGCACUCCCAACCCCCACCAGUCUAGUUAAUAACUCAACUCUCUCCCUAACACAACUUCCUUCCCAUGUUUUUUUUAAAUGUCUCAAGUUAUUUUUUUAUGUCUCAAGGAAAGGUUUGGAAAACAAACGUUUUAUAAAAACACACAUACACCUACACAUUAACACACAGAAACAGUACACCUUCCAUAUAAUUUAUAUCAUAGGCCUAAUAGUACUGUAGAGCUCUUUAUACUUGCAUACAAUAUAGCUGGGUGACCCUGUCCUGUCCCUAGGGGUCCACGACCCUGCAGCACCCCAACCGAACACACCCCACUCAGCUUUAGGAUCUUAGUGAAACAUUCAUUAUUAGUUUCAGGUGUGUUAGGCCAGAGUGUCAACCAACAGUACGGCAGACCCCCAGGGCCAGGACUGAGCAGCCUAGCAGCUAGGGAUUGCCUAAGUAGGUAUCUCCCCUGACGUGGGCAUGUUUUCAAUAUAGACUCCUUUUGUCGUACAUAAGGCAUCCAGACCUUAUGAAAGCUGCACAGUAUACCCUUUAUCUUGUAAUACAUCAUAUACAUCCAAUCUAGUGAUACAUAACUUUACAUUUCUUCCAUCUACUGUGUGGGCGAGGGGAUGGACGGAGUCAGGCGCAGGAGUGUGAAGAAGGAAUAUACUUUAUUCAGCCCAAUAAGGUAGUCCGCAGCAAUGCGUAAACACGAUCCCAGUGCGACUUAAAUGUGUACUGGGAACCAAACAUACACAGGUAAAUAUUCCCGGCAAUAAAAUUCCUAAAUGCUCAACCGAGCUAGCGAUACCUCCACUAAGUAACAAUCACACACAAAGACAAGGGGGGCAGAGGGAACACGUAUACAGGUACUGAUGAGGGGAUAUGAACCAGGUGUGUGUAAUAAACAAGACAAAACAAAUGGAAUGAUGAGAUGAGGAGCGGCAGUGGCUAGAAGGCCGGCGAUGAUGAACGCCGAAGCCUGCCCGAACAAGGAGAGGAGGCAGCUUCAUAGGAAGUCGUACCUCUGGCACCCCGUAGUGCCGGAAGACGUGAGUAAACAGGGCUGUGGGGAGACCGGGCAGAGGAAGGAGGCGGCAGGCUUUAGAAAAGCGGUCCACAUCAACCAGGAUGGUAGUGUUACCCUGAGAGAGGGGAAGAUCAGUGAGGAAGUCAAUUGACAAGUGGGACCAUGGCCGUUGUGGAACUGGUAAGGGAUGUAACUUACCUGCUGGGAGGUGCCUAGGUAACUUACUCUGGGCGCACACCGAGCAGGAGGAGACAUACACCCUCACGUCCUAAGCCAAGGUAGGCCACCAGUACGUCCCGAUCAGGCAGCGCACUGUACGGCCGAUACCUGGGUGACCAGAGGAGGGGGGCGUGUGUGCCCAAUAGAUAAGACGAUCACGGACAAGAGACGGCACGUACAGCAGCCCAGCUGGGCACUGAGGUGGAGAUGGCUCUGUGCGUAACGCCGCUCUAUGUUCACGUCCACCGCCCACAAUACAGGCGCCACAAUGCAGGAGGCCGGGAGUAUGGGGGUGUUGUCUAUGGGCCUCUCCUCUGUGUCGUACAGCCGUGACAGUGCGUCUGCCUUGACGUUCUUAGUACCUGGUAUGUAUGACAACGUGAAAUCAAAACGGGUGAAGAACAAGGCCCACCUGGCCUGGCGAUGGUUCAGCCUCCUCGCUGCCCGGAUGUACUCCAGGUUACAGUGGUCAGUCCAGACAAGGAAAGGGUGUUUCACCCCCUCAAGCCAGUGCCUCCACGCGGUCAGGGCUCUGACAACAGCCAACAGCUCCCAAUCACCAACGUCGUAGUUCUGCUCCCCCAGGCUGAGCUUCUUAGAGAAGAAGGCACAGGGGCGGAGCUUGGGUGGCGUGCCCGAGCGUUGAGAUAGGACAGCCUAUCCCUACCUCGGACGCAUUCACCUCCACUAUGAAUGGUAAUGAUGGAUCGGGAUGGGCCAGUACCGGGGCUGAGGUGAACAGAGCCCUCAGGUUACUGAAAGCCCUGUCAGUCUCAGCAGACCAGCGGAGCCGGGACGGCCCACCCUUCAACAGAAAGGUGAUGGGAGCUGAGACCUUGCCAAAGCCCCAGAUAAACCUCCGAUAGUAAUUGGCAAAGCCAAUAAAGCGCUGCACCUCCUUCACCGUGGUUGGAGUCGGCCAAUUACGCACGGCUGAAAUGCGGUCUCCCUCCAUCUCCACACCUGAGGUGGUAAUGCAGUAUCCAUGAAAGGAGAUGGACUGCUGGAAGAACAGACACUUUUCUGCCUUGGCAUAAAGGUCAUGUUCCAACAGUCGGCCCAGAACUCUGCGAACCAGAGACACAUGCUCGGCGCGCGUAGCGGAAUACACCAGAAUGUCAUCGAUGUAGACCACCACACCGCGACCAAGCAUGUCCCAAAACACCUCGUUCACAAAGGACUGGAAGACUGAUGGAGCAUUCAUCGAACCGUACAGCAUCACCAGGUAUUUGUAAUGCCCAGUGGUUAUGCUGUCUUCCACUCGUCCUCUUCCCGGACACGCACCAGGUUGUACGCACUCCGGAGAUCUAAUUUUGUGAAAAAGCACGCCCCAUGCAUUGAUUCAAUAACAGAGAAGAUGAGGGGUAGAGGGUAACUAUAGCGAAUGGUAAUCAAUGCAAGGGCGCAGACCUCUGUCUUUCUUCUUCACAAAAAAGAAACUUGAGGAGGCGGGCAAAGUGGAGGGACGUAUGAACCCCUGGCGCAGGGACUCGGAGACGUAUGUCUCCAUAGCCUCCGUCUUAGCCUGCGACAGGGGAUAGACAUGACUCCUGGGAGGCACAGCGUCUAACCGGAGGUUUAUCGCGCAAUCCCCCACCCGAUGAGGUGGUAAUUUGGUCGCCUGCGUUUUGGAAAACGCGUGCGCCAAGUCGAGGUAUUCGGGGGGAAUGCGCAUGGUGGAGGUAGUGUCUGAACUUUCCACCGUGGUUGCACCAACGGAAACAGCUAGACACAUACCCUGACACUCUCGCGACCACCCCGUGAGAACCCUCUGCGGCCAUGAAAAGGUGGGGUCGUGUAGUGCAAGCCAGGGAAGACCCAACACAACAGGGAAAUCAGGGGACUCAAUAAUGUAAAAGGUGUUUUGCUCCCUGUGGGUCUCCUGCAUAAUCACGGUGCUGUAACCUCCCUAACAAAACCUGACCCUAAUGGUCGACUGUCAAGUGCUAUGAUGGGAAAUGGAAUGGGUAGGGGAACCAAUGUGAUACAUAACCUAUUAGCUAAAGACCUGUCCAUAAAGUUCCCAGCUGCGCCUGAAUCGACCUGCGCCUUACACUGGGGAAUUACCGUGUGCUCAGGGAAGUUGACGUGUAUGGUGAAGUGCGCAGCAGAGGCCUCUGAACGAGUGUGGAUUUGCGCUACCUGGGGUGACGCGAGAGUGCCCUGCCUGCCGCCUCCAGACCCAGAAGAACUCUGACAACAGCGUACAGUAGAAUGUCCUCUCCUGCUACAAGAGUGACACUGGAUCUGUCGUCCUCCAUUCUCCUGGAUCGCUGCACCACCCAGCUCCAUCGGAACGUAAUCUGGGUUGCAGGGGGGUGAAACGGGCAGGCCCCUUCCAGGACGUCCUCUGGAAGCCAGCAAGUUGUCCAACCAGAUGGCCAUGUCCACCAGCUGGUUGAAAGUCAACGUGGUAUCCCGGCAGGCUAGCUCCCGUCAGACGUCCUCCCACAGGCUGCUCUGGAAGUGGUCGAUGAGGGCCCGCUCGUUCCACCCGGACCCCGCCACUAGAGUUCUAUACUCCAGGGCAAAGUCUUGCGCGGUCCUCGUCCCCUGCCUCAGAUGGACCAGGCGCUCGCCAGCCUCUCUUCCUUUGGGGGGAUGAUCAAACAGCGCCCGGAAGAGGCGAGCGAACGCCCCGUAGUUGUCUAACGCGUCUCCUCCUUCACUCCAGACCACGUUGGCCCACUCCAGGGCUUUCCCCGAGAGGCAGGAGACGAGGGCGGACACCUCCUCCCACUCCAAGGGAGCCGAGCUGAUGUUGGAAAAAUAGAGGUCCAGCUGCAGGAGGAAUCCCUGGCAGCAGGCCGCUGUCCCGUCGUACUCCCUCGGUCGGGAUAGGUGAAUCCCUCUGGGUGCUGGGGUGUGGGUGGCUGGAUCCGGUCGCUCAGCUGGUCCCGAAGGGUCGGGUCCUCUCCUCUCCAGGUGUUGGACGACCUGGAGAACCCGAUCCAUCGCUUCGCCCAAGCUGGCUAGCAUGUUGGAAUGCUCCCGGACCUGCUCCAUGACUCCAGGCAUAUUCCUGUUUCCUGCUGACUCCAUGCUGUUGGGUGUGUGAUUCUGUGGGCGAGGGGAUGGACGGAGUCAGGCGCAGGAGUGUGAAGAAGGAAUAUGCUUUAUUCAGCCCAAUAAGGUAGUCCGCAGCAAUACGUAAACACGAUCUCAGUGCAACUUAAAUGUGUACUGGGAACCAAACAUACACGGGUAAAUAUUCCCGGUGAUAAAAUAACAAAAUGCUCAACCGAGCUAGCAAUAUCUCCACUAAGUAACAAUCACACACAAAGACAUGGGGGGCAGAGGGAAUACUUAUACAGGUACUGAUGAGGGGAUAUGAACCAGGUGUGUGUAAUAAACAAGACAAAACAAAUGGAAUGAUGAGAUGAGGAGCGGCAGUAGCUAGAAGGCCGGUGACGAAGAACGCCGAAGCCUGCCCGAACAAGGAGAGGAGGCAGCUUCGGAGGAAGUCGUGACACACUGUGGGAGGAUAACCAACCUUCCAAUUAAUGUCAAUGCAUUUCUUAGCCGCUAUAAAUGCUAGGUUACACAGUUUCUUCUGAUAAUAGUCUCCAGUAUCAACAUUUACAAGCAAACAAAAACAGGGAGAAGGGAGAAUCUGCAGAAAUGCUGACAUAAAAUAACAUACUCUUUGCCAGAAUUCAGCCAGCCUUCACAAGACCAUAACAUACAGUGUAAGGGAAAAUAUUCAGACCCCUUCCCUUUUACCACAUUUUGUUACGUUACAGUCUUAUUCUAAAAUUGAUUAAAUAAAUAAAAAUCCUCAUCAAUCUAGACACAAUACCCCAUAAUGACAACACGAAAACAGGUUUUUUAAACUGUGGCCUCCAUCAUUCUUAAAUGGAAGAAGUUUGGAACCACCAAGACUCUUCCUAGAGCUGGCCGCCCGGCCAAAAUGAGCAAUCGGGGGAGAAGGGCCUUGGUCAGGGAGGUGACCAAGAACCUGAUGGUCACUCUGACAGAGCUCCAGAGUUCCUCUGUGGAGAUGGGAGAACCUUCCAGAAGGAGAACCAUCUCCGCAGCGCUCUACCAAUCAGGCCUUUAUGGUGGAGUGGCCAGACGGAAGCCACUCCUCAGUAAAAGGCACAUGACAGCCCGCUUGGAGUUUGCCAAAAGGCACCUAAAGGACUCUCAGAACAUGAGAAACAAGAUAAUCUGGUCUGAUGAAACCAAGAUUGAAUUCUUUGGCCUGAAUGCCAAGCAUCACGUCUGGAGGAAACCUGGCACCAUCCCUAUGGUGAAGCAUGGUGGUGGCAGCAUCAUGCUGUGGCUAUGUUUUUCAGCGGCAGGGACUGGGAGACUAGUCAGGAGAGUCCUUGAUGAAAACCUGCUUCAGAGUGCUCAGGACCUCAGACUGGGGCGAAGGUUCACCUUCCAACAGGACAACGACCCUAAGAACACAUCCAAGACAACGCAGGAGUGGCUUCGGAACAAGUCUCUGAAUGUCCUUGAGUGGCCCAGCCAAAGCCCAGACUUGAAUCCGAUCUAACAUCUCUGGAGAGACCUGAAAAUACCUGUGCAGCGACACUCCCCAUCCAACCUGAGAGAGCUUGAGAGGAUCUGCAGAGAAGAAUUGGAGAAACUCCCCAAAUACAGGUGUGCCAAGCUUGUAGCGUCAUACCCAAGAAGAAUCUAGGCUGUAAUCGCUGCCAAAGGUGCUUCAACAAAAAACGUGUUUUUGCUUUGUCAUUAUGGGGUAUUGUGUGUAGAUUGAUGAGGGGGGGAAAACAAUUUAAUCAAUUUUAGAAUAAGGUUGUAACGUAACAAAAUGUGGAAAAUGUCAAGGGGUCUGAAUACUUUCUGAAUGCAAUGUAUGCAAAUAUGUCCCCUUUUGUGUUUUACUCCUCCAGCAGAACAGUUACAUUUGUGUGCAUGAUAUUCAGUUUCACUGGCAUAUAGUACGUCUUAAACUGCAGUAAUUUAUGUCUGGGAUUAUAUGAACAUGACUGGGCAUUCUAACAUAUCUGUAUCCAUUCAUUAUCAUCAAUAGCGUCUCCCAGGUCUUCCUCAUAUUUUUGUGAGGAAGACUGUGCACCAUGACAGUGAAGCCUGUAGAGCUGUUUACACCGUGUUUGUGUGAAAAGCCGGGAAUUAGCUGUGGGGAAACUGACAGAACAAUAACGUUACUUGCUAUACUGACUUAUAAAAACUCACAUUGCGCUGAAAAAACUUCAGUCAUUUGGCCUCUGGUUUCAUCACUUUAUUCAGGUCUAGUAUGAUUGAGGCAAAUAUAAUAGCUAAAGUUAGUGCGAUAGCUAGCUAGCUAGCUAACGUUAGCUAACUUUUGACUAGCUCUGCUAACUAAUGGUACAAUGAUACAUCAUCAAAUUUACUUCUGUUGAAACAAAACAAAGGCUACAAAACAUUUCCAUACACACAAAAGCUGUUAGAUACUGCUACCUGACAGAUAGCUAGAGGCUAGCUAGAGCUGAACUGCCUGUGGUAGCUACUAGCUAGCUAACUAGCUGCUAGUAGUUCAUUCACUUCAGUCCUUGUUGAACACGUCUCUGAUCAGAUCAGAGAGAAUGGUUAUGUAGGGUAAAUAUGCUUGUUAUCUAGCUAGUUAGUUUUGCUGUCAAUACAAACUCAUUUUUACUUGAUUUCAGUUUGUUCUGCUGCUGACAUCUGCCUAUUACUAACAAGCAGUCGAAAACAAUUAUUUGUCCCUAACAGUGGGAGACACACAUGACAGAUCCAACUCAAAAGUAGCCUCCUUCCUGUAUUCAUGUCUCCCUGUCUGGCAAAUCAGACGAGUACGCUCUUGGCGGGGGAGGGGGUAUUUUCUUUGAUUCAAGAGCUUAUGAAAUUAGCUACUGUAGUUUGAUGUGCAAUUCGUUACAUACAACACAAAUUAAAAGACUCAAAAUAAAAUGUAAAAGUAAUUCUUAAAAUAAAACAAAUCCACUGAGCUGCGAGGUGCAAAAGGGCACUGUUUGAGCCCUAUCUGUGGAUGUGCCUGUAUGUGUAUCCACGUACUAUCAACCUUGCUAAACCACUGUGUGUGCGUGUGUGUGUUCGUUUGUGUGUGUGUGUUGUCCCAGUGUGGUAGUUGGUAGCCCUUCUAACAUGACUCUGGGAGGAGGAUUCAAUAUGGCUUCUCUCAAUGGCUGUUGCGCCAUCCUGUCCUCCCCACUCUUCAAAUGCAGCCUGGUCUACCCCUGAGAGGCAGGAGGAGGACAGAAAAUAAUGGAGAGAAGACGAUGGACAGAAAAGGCUUGAGAGAAAAGGAUGGAAAGAGGAGCAUGGAGUGUGGAAGCACCCUGACCUCUUUCUUGUCACAAGUCAAGUAUGAAACUGUAUGCA